GGAACACAUGAUUUGGACUGAGAGGACUGACAGCCUUGCCUAGCACCAGGUCACUGAUCAGCCAUCUCCACCAGCAAGCUGACCCGCUUUUCAUCACCAGCCUCACAAGCAUUUCAUUUAAAAAAAAAAAACAUCAUCUAACUGUGUCAUCAGUUGCAAGGGGAUGACCGAGCGCAUUCAUAACAUCAAUCUCCACAACUUCAGCAAUUCUGUACUUGAGACCCUCAAUGAGCAACGAAACCGCGGGCACUUCUGUGACGUGACCGUUCGGAUCCAUGGAAGCAUGCUGCGAGCUCACCGGUGCGUGCUGGCCGCUGGAAGCCCAUUCUUUCAGGACAAGCUGCUCUUGGGCUACAGUGACAUCGAGAUCCCCUCUGUGGUCUCAGUUCAAUCCAUCCAGAAGCUGAUUGACUUUAUGUACAGUGGCAUUCUGCGAGUGUCUCAGUCAGAAGCUCUGCAGAUCCUUACCGCCGCCAGCAUUCUGCAGAUAAAGACCGUCAUUGAUGAGUGCACUCGCAUUGUGUCCCAGAACGUGGGCCUUGCUGGUCCAGGGGGGUUCCCGGUGAUACCAGGAGAUUCUGGCCAGGACACCCCUCGUGGUACACCAGAGUCUGGCACCUCUGGGCCCAGCAGCGAUGCGGAGUCAGGCUAUAUGCAAGUAACAUCACAGCAAAGUGUAGAUCGUGCAUACACAUCACUAUACUCCUUCCCUGGCCUAUCUCUGCAGAAUGGCACCCGUGAGCGGUCCCUUUACGCUAAUCAACUGUCUGCAAACUAUCCGAGUAAUCAGAGGGAUCAGUCUCAAGAUCCAGCCUGGAUGAACCGCAUCCAGGAUCGGUCCCAGCAGGGGGAUCGCUUAUUUUCCACUGCAGAGUCCACUCACUGCCGAAAGCAACAACGACCGUCACGCAUCAGUACAGAAGGGCUGCACAUAAAGCAGGAGGCCGAAGAUGAGUACACCUGCUGUGACGAUAUGGGCGACUGCCAGGAUGACACUGAUCACAAUGAGGGUGUGGAGAGCGAAUCCAAGGUUGAAAACUUUGACUCAGGGGUGAGCUCUUCCAUCAGCACAGAGACGGAUACCAUGGAGCAGCAGUCAUACCUGACAGGCUUCAGUCGAGACGGGGUUGGGGAGGGACAGCAAAACGAAGGUGCCAUGGUGCAGAUAGAGGUUAGCAACUCGUCCCCGGAGCAAAUGCAAAAGACGGAGGAUGGGGACACUUCCCACAGCACUAGUGACAGUAGCAUGAUGCAGCCCCUGCCAAACUCAGUCAAACUCAGCCCCAUGUCCCAGUACAUGCGCCAGAUAGAAUCACACACCAGCAACCUGAGGAUGGCACCCACCCUGACCAGCAAUUCCCAAGUGGGCACUGCUGUAAGCACCUUCCUGCCCACACUCUUCCCCGCACAGCCGUCUAGAGACAACAAGUCUUUCCUGUACCUUCAUGGCCAGCAGCAGCCCCAGUUUGUGGCAGUGCCCCCGCCCGCAAUGCCAUCAUUCCCAAACCCCAUGUCGGUACCGCAGGCACCAUCGCAGCAACAGCAGGCUGCAGGAGGGAUGGGUCCAGGGGAGAAGAAGCCCUAUGAAUGCACUCUCUGCAGUAAAACCUUUACUGCCAAACAGAAUUAUGUCAAACACAUGUUUGUUCAUACUGGUGAGAAGCCUCAUCAGUGCAGCAUCUGCUGGCGCUCGUUUUCCCUGAAGGAUUACUUAAUUAAACAUAUGGUGACACACACAGGGGUGCGGGCCUACCAAUGCAGCAUCUGCAACAAGCGUUUUACCCAGAAGAGCUCGCUGAACGUCCACAUGCGGCUGCACCGUGGAGAGAAGUCCUAUGAGUGCUACAUCUGCAAAAAGAAGUUCUCACACAAGACCCUGCUGGAGCGCCACAUGGCCCUACACAGCAAUGCCAGUGCCAUCACUGGUCUGUCUGUGAGUGCAGGCAGCGCGGGUCCUGUCUCCAUCCCCAUGCCGAUUGCUGUCCCCGAGCCCGGAGCUGGAGUUGUGGCCCUCGCCAUGCCAGUGAGCGGCGGCGCCGGAGUAGGGGCUGGGGUUGGAACGGGAGUGGGUGUAGCUGCUGAAGCAAGCUGCCAAGAAGGGACCACCUACGUGUGCUCCGUCUGCCCUGCCAAGUUCGACCAAAUGGAGCUCUUCAAUGACCACAUGCGAAUGCAUGUCUCCGAUGGAUAAGUACAAAUUUGAAAAAAAGAAACUUCUUUCUGAAAGAAUGACAAAUACAAUGGCACUAGAAUUUCCUUUUCUUAUUUUGAGGUAUGAAGAGUAAUGAGUAUAGACACUGGCACAUUAAGUUUCCCCAAAAAAAUUUUACUUUUUUUUUUUUUCCUGUUAUUCUAAAAGAAAAAAAAAGAUGGUGGCCUUAAGGCUCAGUAGUUUGAUGAUGAUCUACUGGAUGGAUCCAAACUACGGGCCUCUAAAUGUAUGCUUUCCUAAAAUACUGAUUUAUGUGUUGAACACUACCGAAAGGCCUACGAAAGAAACACAUACACACAAACACACCUUUAGUCUAGAUAUGUCUGAAUGACUUUAAAUGAGCAAAUAUGUUCGAACGUCUGUGUUUUUUUGCAUACAUGUUGGUCUCUUUAUUUGUCCAAUUGUGUCUGUGUGUGCGUAUGUAUUGCCGUGACACAAAAAUCAUGGCAGUGGUGAAUCCAUAUUGACCAGUUUGGAAACAUAGAUGUCCAAGCUUACUGUGGUAUAAUUUACAACGAUAACAGUAAAAAAAAAAAGACAAAAAAACUGAAAAAAAGUAUAUAUAUCUGGGGUUGGGCUACAUAUUCCCUCUAAAAUACUGAUGGUCACAAGAUUGCCUUCUUAUAUCAAAAAAAAAUGCAGAGUACUUAAUUUGACACUGGGUUUUAUUUAUUCCUGUGGUUUAAGGGAUUAUAAUGCAGCUGUUGUCAAGGUACCGAUUUUAGUCAUCUUACAUAAUAGUAACUUCCUGUCAAAGGUGAUGGGGGGGAAACUUAUUAUUUCUCACCUGUUUAACGAUUAUUGUCCAUGAAUUUUGACGGUCAAGAUAACGUUUACUAAAUUAAUGUGUGUGGAUCAGACAGUAUUUUAGCAAAAAGACGUUUCCUUUUUUUCCUGGAGUUUGGAGUUUAUCUCAUUUGCAUACACUGCCUUUUUAAUAUCCUAAAAGACUGUUAAGGCUACUUAAGAUUUCUUCCACUGCAAAACAAACAAAAAAAAAUGGAAGAUUCUUGUGCUGAUGGUUGUUUUUUCUUUUCAGCCUUUUUCACAGUUAAGGCAGGCUGGAAUAUGGGACUAAACUCUCUCCUUCAUAAUUGCUGCUCCUCAACCUGCACCCGACUGUUAUGGGAUAUAGAUUUAGAGGGGGAAAAAAAAGGAAUUGUCACUUCAACUAUUGUUGUUAUCGAGUAGCCUGUUUGGUUUUAAUCUCAUAAUUGAAUUACAGUUUCGUGGGGAGGGGGUCAGCCAGUUCCUGAUUGGAUCGGCGUUGUAAAAGAUGGUGUAAAUUAAUUUUGAGUCAGACUAAAAAGCAAAAUAAUUGCCGUCCUGAUCCUAGAACGCCUGUGUAACCUGUUCAUUACGAUUGUGGAGCUGUUUCAGCAGGUGGGAGAGCUGAGUGCAUUACUCUUCGUGCAUUCUCUCUCUCUCUCUCCCUGAAGGCUCAAAUGGCAUGCAACGUUUUGAAAGGAAAUACAGUCUGAAAGCAAAACAAGUAGCUUCCAUCAAUCGAUAGCACGCUGUUUCAUGAUAUACCACAAGCUGCAGAUGGACUGUGUGGAAAAACAGCAUACAUUCCCAAUUUUCUCUUACACCAAGACACAGUAUGUGUAGACUAGAUGUGGAAGCUUGUGUGUUCAUGUCGUCAUUCUUGCAUUGUGCUACUUAAGGCUGAUUUCAGAUAGUUUUUUCAUUCUUUUGUAUUUGAUUUUCUAUCCAAAAUAGGUCUCUCUCACACACACACGAACAGAGAAACACAUGCACACGUGCAACUGCAGCCUAAAGGAUUUGCUUCUUUAAGCGAGCAAACACUUUUGGUAGUUGUACGAUAAAGCGAAUAACUAACUGCAUUCAGGAGGUCUUCAAAAGACCUUCUGUCAGUUCAGAAAAAAAGUGCUGUUUUGCACAUUUUCUUAAAAUGCCUGUGCUUAAUAUUUAAUUGUUUUUCUUUAAUAAAAUUUCUUUUUCUCAAUUUUAAAGGAAAAAAAAUGUUUUGUUUAAUUUUGAUAAGUGGACUGCAUUAUCUUCUUGCAUAUAUGUUGCACUGCUUAAACCAAUAAGUGCACUACUGUUAACAGAGAUAUAGUUUUAGAAAAAAAAAUCUUUCUUCUUUCUUUUUUUUUUUUUUAAGAGUUCACCUGAAUAGCGGUGUUUCAAGUUUUUCAUUUUGUAAAUUUCGCAAUUCUCUGCUUUUGUUAUCGCUUGCUGUUACCUUCAGUAUACUCUGGUUCCGCGUUAAUGCAAGCAUUUAUUUUAUUUAACCAUCGUGUGUGCUCGUCUACGUUUAAACCUUUGAAAUAUUCUAUCGUCUCAGUUCCCUUAAAGGUUUUAUUAUUUCUUUUGGUUUUGGUUUUUUUUAACAGUGCAGAAUUUUCCUAUGAGAUCGUUCAAAGCCAAACAUCAUUGACAGUGAAACAACAGUAAUAAUAAAGAACCUCCCGUCCAAGUAUGCCGGCGGAAGUAAUAUUAUAUUAUUAAUAAUACACUUAUAUGUGUGUAUGUGUGUAAAUGAUGUGUGUCUCCAGGAAAAAAAAACUUUCUGUUGUGAUGGAGUAGAGCUUCUUUGAUAUCAGUCCGUCACUUGUGCGCAGUCGUGUUCCUUUCCUUUCGGUGUUUGUGUGUCCGUGAGCGUCUGUAUGCGGUAAAUAGCCUAAUCAAAUUGUUGAUAAGUGGAAUAUCUCAACUGUAGGGCUUCCUUUGCAAUAUGCAGCGCAGGUACUAUAAAAAAAAACACACACACAGCUCUCCAAACCUUUUUGGGCUAAUAGGACGCCUGUAACAAUUCCUUAGCUUAGGUCAGCUGGCACACAUCUGGUUCCGGUUCAACUUGAUAGAUAUCAGAAGAAAGGAAUCACUCUUAUGUGAAACAGAUCUUUGAAAGUGUGAGGUCUGUCCUCAGUAAAAGUAGCACGUUAUUGAACAAUUGAUUGGGCCUGUCUCUAUGGUGUGAAUAAAAGCCUAUGAAUUCUGUGGUUCCUAUCCAUAGCUGUUGUUGCCAGUUUGGCAAAUUGCUGCAUGCUAGUGCUAUAUUUGUCUCUACACAGCACGUGGAGGGUUAAAUCUCAUGCCUUAACAGACAAUGCACUAAUUAGAAAUAUGUUAGCAACUGCCGAGAUCUCUUUCCAACAGUAUUGCCACCUGUAUGGCACAGCGCAGCUCGUGAUGUUUGUCGUCCAUUGAAGAUCCAAACACUGCCAAACCUACAUCAUCCCUUUUUCCAGGAAAAAGAGUGAAAAGGCAGAGAAAGCAAGAUGAACUGUGGGAUUAUUUCAGCGAUCUAGAAUUCCUUCAAUUUUUUGACAUACAUGUUUUUAUGUGAACACGUGUAUCAAAUGCACUUUUGACUGUAGCUAGACGAGUACAACCAGCCUUGUGGUGUCGUUGGCCUGAUAGUUGUAGCUUGGUGUUGGUUUCUUUAAAUGUUUGGUUUCACGAUUACACUAUCAGUUAUUUCACAGUCGCUUCUCUUUUUCCUUUCUAUUCAUUUUGUUUUGGGAAUUUUAAAAGUAGCCAAUCUUCAUUUGAUCUGGCUGAGGGCUAGAACUCGUCCCAUCGGUGAUUGACUUCUUGUAUCAUAAGGUGUUUAAUAGGAGACUAGGUUUGAAAGGGGAAGAACCUUUUGCUCCAGUGUGUCAUAAUGUGCUAUAGACUCCCCCCCCAUACCCAACCCCCAGUCCAUAUCCCCUUCCCGUUGCAUUAGCAUCACAUGUCCUUCACUGUCCAUAGUUAUAUACUCCUUAGAUUACUUCGGCUAAUCGUGGUGGUGCUUAAUUCUUCUCUCUCGGUUGCAAAAAAGAAGUUACAUAUAGUUCCUUGCAAAAGUUUUUAUUCCCUUUAAACUUUUUAAUAGUUUGUCACAUUAUAAUCACCACCUUAAAGUAUUUCACUGGGAUUUUACAGGAGACCAACAGAAAGCAGUGCAAAACGGGCAAAGUAAAGGAAGAAAACCUAUGCGUGGUUUACAGAAUUUAUUAUAAAUAAAAAUCAAUACAUUUGGUUAGAAUUAGGAUGGUAUUUAAUCUAUGUUCUAUGGUUGUAGAGACAAAUUUUGAUCAUAUUAAUGGUUCAAAAGUUAGUUUGGGUUUUUUAAACUUUUAUUUUCUUCCCCUCGUUCAUUCCUUUAGAGCAUCGGUGAAAAUCUGUUAAAAUUAAAUAUGAGUAAAUGCAGUUAUCUGCUUUUUUUAUGAUAAAGCUGCAUCACUAUUUAAGUAUUAUGAAAAACAAUGUUUUUUGUGGCUAUACCCUACCCCUCGCUAGCCCUACAACUAAUUUUUAAAGUGAAGUCAAAAUGUAAAUUUAUGUUUGAAUACUUUUUUUUUUAUAAUAUUCAAUAUAAAAAUCUUUUACCUCCAAU